GGGAAAGGGAAAAGUACCUGUUCAUCGCGGUUUACAGCUGCCAUAGUUUACAGGACUACAGAUAUAUACAAUUACUAGGUAUAUAGCCCAUAAAAUGGCCUACUCCAUGAUUUCUUGAAAUAAAUAUUCAUAUUUUUACAAGUGGUGACGGCUUACGCUUGCAUUCAACGAGUUGAUAAGGUUAACAUCAAAACACAAUUUCAUCGACUUUACUUAAUUAUUAAAAGUAGUGAUUAUUUAUCUCACUGUGGAUUACGAAUAAUUAAAAAUAAAUAAAUAAACUAUUUUAUCGUCAGUGAUCGCUGUGAGAUGGCUGGUAUAGCACCAUAUAAAAGAAAACUUCAAAAAGAAAUGGCAUCAUUCAUUAAAGAUCCUCCUUUCGGAAUGGUUUUAGAUGUUACCAAAGCUGAAGAAAAUAUCAAUAUUUGGACUAUACUUAUGCAAGGUCUUGAAGAUACUUUAUAUGCUGAAGAACAGUUCCAAUUACAAUUCAAAUUUGGAUCCAACUAUCCUUUUGAACCGCCUGAAGUAACAUUUGUGGGUCAAAACAUCCCAGUUCAUCCACAUAUAUACAGUAAUGGGCAUAUUUGUUUAUCUAUUCUUGCUGAUGACUGGUCACCAGCAUUAUCUAUUCAUUCUAUUUGUGUUUCAAUUUUAUCUAUGCUAAGCAGCUGCAAAGAAAAGAAAAGACCUGAUAGUGAUCGUAGUUACUUACAAUUGAGCAUCGACAAUCCAAAAGAAGUAAAAUGGUUUUUUCAUGAUGAAGACAUUUGAAGUAUCUUACAUCCAUUAAUUUAUCUUUUCACUUUAUAUUCUCAUUUCUCCAAAUAAUGAUGACAUUUUUAUUACAAUUAAAUUCACUAAUUUUAUCAUAAUUAUUCAUUGUAUCCAAAUACUUUUUUA